AUGCUUCGUCCGAAGUAUUUCACGCGGAAGGAAGUGUCUCUUCACAACACACUUGGAGAUAUAUGGGUGUCUUACCUGGGCAAAGUGUACAAUCUGACACCACUUGUGGAAGAAAAUAAAGGAGACGUGUUGUUGAAACCUAUUAUAGAGUGUGCAGGAAAGGACAUUAGUCACUGGUUUGACCCAAAGACAAAGGACAUUCUCAGACAUGUUGACCCGUUAACUGGCUGCAUUAAAUACUACACCCCUAGGGGGCGCUUUAUACACGUACCCCCUCCAUGCCCACGGACUGACUGGGCCAAUGACUUCUGGAGACCAUGGUGGAAGGAUAACUGCUAUGAAGUUGGGCUGCUGUCAGCCAAAACACGCUGGAUUCGCAUUAUUAACACUCUUAUCUCCCAGGAGAAAAGACUGGAGGUGUGCUCAGAGGAGACUUUGGAUGAGAUUCUCCAGAGAUACCUACACUAUAAUGCCCAUGCAGCAAGCUACACCUGGAAACACAAUGGCGUGAACUUGGAUAUGAGCAAGACCCUAGGCGAAAACAACAUCCCUGAAGAGGAUGAGUUAUACUGCGGAAGCAUAGACUGCAACCUCUUCUCUUCUUCUAUAUGCCUGUAUUUUAACGAUGACCUAACCGAAUUUUGACCAUGAGAGGACAAUGAAUUAAUGUGGACAAUGAAGCUAUAUAAUUCAUUAAAUAUUACUAUCUACUAAAAACAAAUGUAGAAUUCUAUAGAUUUAAGCCAAAAGCAUGAACACGGCAUCAACUAUUCAUGCGUUUAGUGUCUCGUUGAUUUCUGUCUGUGCUCGUUGUCUUAUUGCAGCUCGCUGAGCUCCAUCCAAUCAAAUGCUGAGCAACAGAAUAAAAAUGAUUGAAUAUGAAUGCCAGCCUACACAA